AUGGCGCCAACGGCUGCGGGCGAUGGCGAUGUCGAUCCGGCAAUUAAAACGUGUAAACAUUGUAAGAAAAUCGUAGUUAAUUGUGUUAAGUGCCAAGAACUGUUUCAUCCGGCAUGUAUUAGGCAAUCUGCAGCAGCAAGAAACGCUGAAUGCCAGCAUAUUAUAGAGGAGGCUGAAAGUGAGGUUGGAUUACGCCACCUAGAAAAACAGCUAUAUGAAAAAGAAAUCGGUUAUUUAAAUAGAAUCGUACAAGAACUAGAAGAAAAAAACAAAAUUUUGAGUAAAAACUGUGAUUUAUUAAAAGAGAAAGUGCUAAAUUUGGAAAAAAACUGCAAAAAGAAGAAAAAAAGAUGCGGGAAAUAG